AUGUUGAAACCGUUCCAGAUCAGAGAUCUUCAUGGAUCUCCAUCACAUACAUCUGCAGAGGUGCCCUCGGCAUCCACUCAACCCUUGACAAGGGAACCAUCAUCACCUAGAGCUCGUCGGGGAAUCGUGCAGCUGUCUGCUCCCCAAUAUGAUGAUCUUGCAUCGAAGCACCCGCGGGCACGGUUGACUUAUGUUGAUGACGAUGAUGGGGAGAUCAUCACUGUUGGAUCGUCUCUCGAACUCUCUCAACGCCUCGAUGAGCCUAUUGACCUUGCGCACGACCCGAUGCCGCAGGAAGCCACCGAACCCAUGCACCUCUUCGAUAUUCGACGCUCGAACUCAAUAACCGAGUUGUGGAAGAAGUUCCAGAUAAAGCAAGAAGGCAAGGAUGCGGACAACCACGCUGGAUCAUCAACUGGGGAUGCCCCGGCUGCUAGCGCUUCAGCAGAAGUACGGUCAGAAACUGAGCAAGAGCACGUUGAAGCUACGAAGAACGACGACACAGCAUCACUCAUGGCCGCCUUUGAGGCUGAGAUGGCCAAGAUUCUCGAUGCUUCUAGGAAUAUACAAGACAAUAACACUACGGAAGAGCCUUCAGCUCCCGCUCAGGAGCCAGCAGGAACCCCCAGGGGCAGAACUCCAAAUCCCACGGAUGCAUUUACUCAUGCAAUGCGGAACCUGCUCAACGGGGCUGAGUUGCUCAGUUCUGGGGUGAGAUCAAGUAUACCCGAGAUUGAACGGCAGCUGGAGAACGCUCAGAGGGCCCUUCCUGGAAAUGUCGGGUCCUCGGUACAAGGUGCUCUUGCGAGUUUGGAAGCCCAGAUGAGACAGCUUACCGGCUCGAUCAACCAUACUGUUGGCGGUGCGUCGACAGGGAACAUUCUCCAGGGAGAACUCCCCACAGCCGCCGGAACUGUGGACAGUCUGCGUGCAAUGGCGUCGGAACUGGGAAAUGUAGGGCAUACUCUGUUCGAAGCAUUUGAGUCGGAGUUUGGCUGCACUCGAACUGGUGGUCAACCCCAGGCUUCCUCUGAACAAAGUCCAGAUGGCCUCCCUGCUGAAACCUCCAGACCAUCUGAUGCCACUGCAGGUAAUAGUGUUGUCCCCGAUGUGGUAGACCAGCCAACCCAGGAUCGGGAUCUGGGAAGCCGCGAGACAAAAUCCGGAGAGAAAGAGUCGGGACCAGAAUCAGACCUUAAAACUGGCUCCAAGAAAGCUGCAGGGGCGGACGGACCGACUCAACCAGGCGGCGGCCCUGACCAGGCGCAGCCAGAUGCACCUUCAUACGUGCCUCAUGUCCCUCAUGGACGUCACAACCCCUUUGCUUUCACACCCUACUUUCAACCACCACCGCCCCCUCCUCCACCGCAUCCUCAUCCCCAUCACCAUUAUCCGCCUCCGCCUCCGCCUCCUCCUUUCUUCGGUCCACCUCCUCAUCACUUUCACCAGCCCUUCCCAGGUCCACCACCGCCUCCUUUCUGGCCGACACCGGAAAAUCUUAAUCAUCCUCACUUCCCUGCUGGGCCUGAGGUUCCUCGUCCACAACCCACGAGUACUCAUGCACAUCCUUCCCAACACACGCACCGACGUUGGCAUCCACACACCGGAUACAACUGUCGCCGUGGCCGCGCUCCCAUUAGUCGCCAACAUGCUCAUGAACAAGAUCGUGGUAGAACCAACGAUGUGCCAUCAUCUGGCCGCGACGCUACGCCGGCAGACACACAAAGCGCCACUAACACAUCAUUGUUCGUCGGCAAUGUGGGCUUCAAUGUUAGCGAGAAGAUGAUCCGCGACGUUUUUGCCUCCAGGGGUUUUCUCGUAGAUGUACAUCUGCCUCUUGAUGUUGGGACCGAGAAGCACGCUGGAUUUGGCUACUUGUCCUUCCCAUCUGUCCCUGCGGCAAAGGCGGCCCUGGAGGCCUUGCAGGGGACGCAUAUUGAUGGACAUGCGAUUAACCUAGAAUUCAGUGAGCAGACCCCGGUCACCAGGCUGCACCCCGAAGAACCUUCUUCUCAAGCAACACCAGACGGUCCAGUGCCUGCUGUUAGUGAGCGAAAGUCCGUUCCGUCUGAGCUUCAAGGAUCUACAGCUACACCCGCCAAGUUGGAGAAGACAUCACUUAGCAGCCAAGAGGGGUUUAAAUCGCUCAGCGGUAAACGUGCCGUCCCUUUGACCGUGGCGGACUUGUGUUCCAAUGAUAAUCGCAAUCCGGGCAACACAGCGUCUCCCAAUAGUCUGGAAGACUCGUCCUUGGGGGAUUCUACGCGGCUCAAUUCACUCUACCCUUCCCUCUUGCCUGAAGGUGUCCCCAAGUCGGGGCCUUCUGAGCCCGUGAGUCCUGAAUUUGAUCGGAUCCCCGAGCUUACGCGUGAAUUGGAAGAGUGCCGCUUUCCCCCGGUCUCACAGCUCGAAGCGCACUUUUUGGCUGAGCAGCAGAAGGAAGCGGCUUCAUCCAGCGCUCAGACGAGGUCUGACGGUAAAGCACCAGAAGCCAGAAACUUGAACGGCAAUGUGGCGCUGCAGGGGCUUCCCGGCACGUUUCCGCAGGAGGUCCGUGAGAAUUCGUCGGCACGGCCUGGACAGUUCUCAGAGACCCAUCAUCUGCAUGGUGGGCAUGACCAUGAGGAAUCAUCUUUUGGCCCUCGCCGGCAUGUUAGACGUUGGAAGAGCCAGCGACCCCGCUCUGCUUGGCAAGAUGAAUUCUCAGGGUGGGACGCCCCUCGCGGCAUAUUCGGCUGGAGACCGGAAGGACGUCAUCGUCACCGCGGUGGACGUCGGAACAGUUUUGAAACCCCUUCUUCUGAGACCCAGGCAAUCAAUCCUGAUGUCAGGCAACGCGACAUUGACGACUGCGUCUCUACCUUAGUGAGUUUGGGAUAUGGCGGUGCAAGCGAUGGUGGCCAUCAACGAAUCGCGAUUUAUGCUGCGGCCGCAGACGGCAGGGUAUCAGAUGCGAUUGAAAUGAUUGAGGAAGAACGCAAGGCAUACGAACAACAGGGAUCGACGAUGUGA